UAGUUCAUUAUAAAUGUGCCAAGACGUUUGUUGACAGAAUGAAGUACAAAAUAAAUUAUGGAAUAUAUAUUGUACAAGAUAAGUUUACUAAGAAAGAGAAAGAAAAGAAGGCGGAAACUUUUGAAGAUGAUUAUUUGGUGAAGUGUAUCGGUGCGUUCGGACGAUGGCAGGCGAUAGCUUGUGCCAUUGCAGCUAUCAGCAGACUAGUCGCCAUGUGGAAUAUACACUCCAUCUUAUUCCUGACGCCAUCUACAGAUUUUGUUUGUCAUACUAAGCAGGAUGACAAUACAGCUGCAUCUGAGAAUUCGACAUGUUACGAUAGUUGUGCGCGGUAUGAGUAUAAGGAAGAAGUAUUUGAAAAGACUUUGAUAUCACAGUUUGAUUUAAUCUGUGAUAAAGCCUGGUUGGCGAGCUUCACGCAAACUGUCCUCAUGUUCGGAGUGGUGAUCGGUCUCUCUGUGUUUGGAUGGAUUUCUGACAGAUUUGGACGUAGGAUAGCAUUAAUGAUAUCACCGACCUUAGCCGUCAUAUUCAUGAUCAGUACAUCAUUUGCGACAAGUUUUUGGAUAUUUACUGCGUUACGAUUCUGCGUUGGUAUAGCCAGUGGAGGAAUAAUGUCCAUUACUUCAGUUUAUGUUUUGGAACUAGUGGGACCGCAGCACAGAGAGUUAGCUGGUACAUUGAUUUUGAUGCCCGAUGCUCUUGCCGAGGCAACCUUAUCGGUGUUUGCCUAUUUCUCCCCAACAUGGAAUAUAUACAUAUUGUCUUUAGCGGUUGCAUCUUUGUUUAUAACAUUUACUCAAUUUUUCUUACCGGAGACACCAAGAUGGUUAGUGGCGACGAGGAUGGCUGAUAAAGCUGUUGUUGUGAUGACGAAGGCUGCUAAAUUUAAUAGCCGUAGUACAACCGACAUACAAGACAAUGUCACGAAGGCCCAACAAGAACUCCAAUUAAAAGAAAACGUAUCGAAAACCGUUAAUUACUUGGACUUGUUUAAAACGAAGCGGUUGUCUAUCAUUACGUUGUCAUCGUUCACCUCGUGGUUUAUGACGGGCGUGUGUUAUUUUGGUAUCAAUCAAUACAUCACAGUACUUGGACCAAACAUAUUCAUCGUUGUUGCCGCUAUGGGAAUUGUACAGAUACCAAUGGCACCGAUAGCAGGAGUAAUUACUAAAUUCUUCAGAAGGAAAACGUCUGUAAUUGGCUCCUACUUAAGCGUUGGAGUGACUAUGAUCAUUCUACUCUGUGUACCAAAAGGGUCUUGGAUUGCAUCUAUGUUCGGGGUCAUUGGAGUUUGUUUCGCAUUUGUAAACUUUGCAAUUAUGUACUUGUAUGUGACCGAAUUGUAUCCAACACCUAUAAGAAACAUGGGCUUUUCAUUAAGUUCCUCAGGUUCAAAAAUAGGUGCAAUGGUAGCCCCGUUUGUGGCUAAUUUAAACUCUACUUGGAUAGCGUCACUAAUUUUUGCAGUUUUACCAUUCGUUGCUGUGGCAAUAUGUAUUUUGCUGCCAGAGACGAAAGGAAGUAAAUUGCGUGAUACUGUGGACGAAUGAUGAAGCUCAGAAAAUAAUCGAAGAUAGAUAAUUUAUUUAUUGAGUGGAAAUGAAAAUGGUUAAUAAAAAGAGUUUUUAAGAAACGCUCUUAAGUAAGGUGGUAAUUUUUGUGGUGGGAAAUCGCAUAAAUCAGAUUUAUUCAAGAAAAAACUUUUAAGUAUCGAAUGCCAAUUUUGUGAAUGAGUUAUAAAUUAUGCGAAUAAUUUAUGAAAUAUAUAUAAUAUAUAAAUAAUUUAGAAAUAUAUAUAAUAUGUAAAUAAUUUAGAAAUAUGGAUAAAACAUAUAUCCCCAUAAAACCUGCAAGAAACCAUAAUUGUAUGACCAGUUUUAGAUUACAGUAAUUCACUUUUAUCGAGUAAAAGAGUGACAGAGAAACUCUUGUUAUAGUAAUAAAAAUUAAUCAUUGGAACCGAAAUUACGUAAAUAAUAACGUGUUUUUCACAGUGAAAAUGUUAAGUAUACCGAAAAAUAUAUCGUUCGUGUACAUGAUUACAUAAUUGACCGAACCCAAAUCGGCCCAAAUUACACGUUACACUACAGAAAAGAUAUUAUAUCGGUCGUCAUCUUUAAGAUAUUCUCUGUAAUUUUGUUCCUGAGUCAUCGUUAACUUAAGUAUCGAGAUUAAGAAUUCCGAAAUGAUAGGUUUUAUAUUACGAAUUAUUUAAAAAUAUAGAUUUUAAAUG